AUGCCUGCCUGCAAGGAUUGCGGACACUGGCUUCCUACAGCCUCCGGUUUGAACAAACAUGUUGCUGGUUCGAAAGCUUGCCAUCAGAAGUGGCGAGACCGCCUGAAGAACUUUAGUGUUGAUGUCUUUGACUUGGGUGGAGGAUAUUCAGCCACGGCUCCUGAUGCAGAAGAUGAGAAUGAUUCAGAUGAUGGUGGUAUUUAUGAGAGUGGAAUCGGAGCUUACCAAGAAUAUGACGCUCCAACGCAUGACGUGCCCCUCCAAGUUGAUGGCAGCCAGCAAGCUCGUGUUGAAGAAGUGCCAGAUGAACCUGGGCCUGUCAGCAAUGACACACGAUGGAUCGAAAGCUAUGCUGCUCACCACGGGGCAGGUGCUCCAUGCGGAGAAGUCGAUGAAGUCACGCCGACCAAAUUUGAUCAAAUUCGACAACAGCUGGAGGCCGAUGGUGCACCGUGGGGACCAUUUGACAAUGAGGAAGAGUGGGAGUUAGCGAAGUGGCUGAUCCAAAACAUCGGACAAAAUCAAACCGACAAGUUCCUAAAACUACCUAUUAUCCAAAACCGCGCACAAGUGUCUUACCCAAACAACCGCAAUUUCCUGAAGAAGAUCGAUGGUUUGCCAACGAAGGGCCCAGAGUGGCACUGUGACAUCAUCAGUGUGGCGGGGGACCAAGUCGACACCAACGGAGAUAUGAUGUCUGCUGAAUUGGAGCUGUGGCAGCGCGACCCUGUCGAGUGUGUGCGAGAACUGAUGGGGAAUCCGACGUUCCGUGAGAAGAUGGCAUAUGCCCCCGAGCGAGCAUAUGAGGAUACUGAAGGUACAAGGAGGAUAUAUGAUGAAAUGUGGAUGGCUGACUGGUGGUGGGAUACUCAAGGCAAGAUGCCCAAGGGUGCAACCAUUGCACCAGUGAUCCUUGCCUCCGAUAAAACAUUGUUGUCCCAAUUCCAAGGAGACAAAUCAGCGUGGCCAGUAUAUUUGACGCUUGGGAACAUCGAGAAGGCAACACGAAGGCGCCCAAAACAGCAUGCAGCCAUUCUGCUCGGGUAUCUCCCAGCGGUCAAACUGGACUGCUUCAGCAAGGGCACCCGUUCUGUUGCAGGGUAUCGGCUCUUCCAUGAAUGCAUGCGACGCUUGCUUGAACCGCUAAUUGCUGCAGGGCAUGAUGGAGUCGAGAUGGUGUGUGCGGACGGGUGCAUCCGACGAGUACACCCAAUCCUGGCAGCAUAUGUUGCAGACCACCCCGAACAGUGUUUGGUGGCCUGCACGAAGGAGAGUUUUUGUCCGAAAUGCCGGGUCCACAGAGAUGACCGAGGCGAACCACUGGCAUCGCUUUGUCGAGACCAAGAGCGCACCACAUACUGCAGUCACUUUACCCUUGAUAGAAACAGACAGCCGAGGUUGAAAUAUCCCUGUUCUACACAGGCCAGCGGAUGUGGGCCGAUGAAUGUAUUGUUCUGUUAA